UAUGACACCUUCAGGAGGCAUGCAAGGAAUUACAUGGAACCGGCUAUUGUUCACAAGUGGAAGAUGGAUCAGCAGCAUCAUUUCCAGCAACCGUUGCGCCUUGGUGGGUCAGUUGCAGUGGGAGGAGAUAUGAGGGCAGAUUCUCCAGGGCACUCAGCUAAGUUUGGCAGCUACUCAUUAAUGAAUCUGGAGAGCAACACCAUUAUGGACAUUCAACUUGUUCAGAGCAAUGAAGUAGGCGGCAGUUACCACAUGGAGAAGGAGGGACUCAAAAGAUGCCUAGAUCAUCUGGAGGCAAACAGAUUUAAGGCGGAUUACAUUGUUACAGACCGCCAUCCACAGAUCCAGAAAUAUCUGAGGGAACGGAACAUCACGCAGUUCUAUGACGUCUGGCACUUUGAGAAAGGUUUGUCUAAGAAACUGGAGAAAGCAUCGCACAAAGAAGACAUUCUUAAGAAAUGGCUACAGAGCAUCAAGAACCAUGUGUACUGGUGCGCUACGUCAUCAACCACUGGACCGGAAAAAGUGGCAAAGUGGACAUCGCUGCUAAAUCACUUGCAAAAUGUUCAUGAUCAUGAAGACCCCCUUUUCCCCAAAUGUCUGCAUCCUGAACGAGCGUCGAGGGACCCCAACAAAUGGCUACAACCUGGGUCAGUUGCACUUCACAAAGCUGAGAAACUACUGCUUAACAAACGAGUCCUGAAGGAUGUAGCAAAACUCAGCCAUCAUCACCAGACGUCAUCGCUGGAGUCAUUCCACAGUCUGAUACUGCGUUUUGCUCCAAAGAAUGUGGUUUUUCCCUUCAUGGGAAUGUUGUGCAGGUUGUAUCUUGCAUCAAUGCACCACAACGAAAAUGCUUCACGGGUGCAAGCUACGACUUCUGCAGGGCAGGCUGUUUAUAAAGUUGUCUAUCCAAAGGCGAAGAUGGGGGAAGGUGUUGUGAAGCCCGUGAAAACGGAUCCAACAUUCAACUAUGUACAUGACCUCAUGAGGCUGCUCAUGGAGGUUUUUGAGGACCCAACAUCAUUUGACGAGGAAAUGAAGACUAUCCCCAUCCCUCCAGACCUUUCAGCAGAAAAUACACGCACUCCGAAGGCUGAGCUGGUUGCCCGUCACGUCUCCCGCUUCAAUCUAGAGGUGGUCUGAAGCCUACGUAGUCACCAGAUGGGAACUGCUGCCGUAUCCGCUGCACCACACAUGACGGGAGGACGACCCGACAACUAUGUCCUA